UUUAAUCUAGAAGCAUUUUCUAAUUUUGUGCUAAAAGCUUUGUAUAUUUAUUAAAUUUAUUGAAUAGAAACAAAAAAAAAAUAAAAUGCGAUCACGAAAGUUUUUGAUGAUUACUAUAUGUUUCGCCGCGACAUGGGUUUUAAUUACGUACAUAUUCAUAUUAAAAGGGAAUCAUCCUCCGAAUUUAGAAUUGCAAAAGAAAUUAAUUAAACUUGAAACUGGUGUUAAAGAAUAUGUUGAGGAGGAAAACAACUCGUUCCAAGUUUUUCUCAACAAGUUGAAAGAAAAAAUCGAAGAGAAGAGUGCUCGUUCAAUUGAUAAUACUAUUCAAGUUAAUAAUGAAAAUGAAAUGGAAGAAAAUAAAACUAGUAUAAUAGAAAAUAUUAGUAUUGCACAACAAAUUUCGCAAGCCGAAAAUGUUGAAAGUACUACUUUUAAAAACAUAGUUGAACUUGCUGAAAUAGUUGAAACUCAUUUACCAAACGGUGAGCCAAUAAUACCAGUGCUAGUUUUAGCUUGCAACCGUGUUUCAGUUAGUCAAUGUUUGGAUAAUCUAAUACAAUAUCGUCCAAGUGCAAAACAGUUUCCAAUUAUUGUAUCACAGGAUUGUGGAGAUCCACCUACAAAAGAAGUAAUUCUAUCUUAUAAAGAUCAAGUAAAUUUAAUUGAACAACCAGAUCAAUCUGACAUAUACGUGCCACCUCGAGAGAAAAAAUUUAAGGGAUACUAUAAAAUUUCUAGGCACUACGGCUGGGCCUUAAAUACAACUUUUGGGAAAGGUUUUGAUUAUGUGAUUAUUGUCGAAGAUGAUUUAAACGUGGCACCAGACUUUUUCGAAUAUUUCUUAGGCACUUACAAUCUAUUAAAGAAAGAUCCUAGUCUGUGGUGUGUGUCAGCUUGGAAUGAUAAUGGGAAACUUGGCAAUAUUGAUAGUUCUGCCGCAGAACUAUUAUAUAGAACUGACUUUUUCCCAGGACUAGGGUGGAUGCUGACAAAAGAACUAUGGAGAGAAUUAUCUGUUAAAUGGCCUAAAUCUUUUUGGGAUGAUUGGAUUCGGCAUCCAGAACAGCGAAAAGAUAGAGUUUGUAUUAGACCGGAAAUAUCGCGUACAAGAACUUUCGGAAAAGUUGGAGUGUCUAAUGGUCUCUUUUUUGAUAAAUAUUUAAAAUAUAUUAAACUCUCUGAUGAAUAUGUUCAUUUUACUAAAAUGAAUUUGAGUUAUCUUUUAAAAGACAUUUAUGAUGAUAAAUAUAUUAAAAUGGUCUAUAAUACCCCAAUAGUAACAUAUGGUGAACUUCGUAAUGGAUUAGUUACGGUUACAGGUCCUGUAAGAAUUCAGUACAAUACCAAAGAUCAAUACAAAAGAACAGCAAAAUUCUUGGGCUUAAUGGAUGAUUUUAAAAGCGGUGUACCACGGACAGCUUAUCACGGAAUUAUAUCCUUAUUUUAUAAUGAAAGAAGAGUUUUUUUGGCACCUGGAGCAAAUUGGAAGAAGUAUGAUUUAUCAUGGAGCUAACAUAAUUUUAGGAAGCAUUUAAAAACUUUCUGAAUAAUAGAACAAAGUUACAUGUAAUUAUGUACAGAGAACAAAUUUUAGUCAAGAAUAUAUAAUAUUAAAGAACAAUAUUCAAAAUAAACUAUAAUUAGAUUGUAAGAUGAACAAAACAAUUUUAAGGAUUGCUAAAUAGUUAUUGUACAUUAGAAUUAGAAUUAUAGGGAAGAAUUAAAACAAAUACAAGAUGACUGUAAAAUUAAUUUAAGUAUAAGUUAUGCUAAGUUAUUAAAAAGAACUAAAUAAAAGAAAAUAUACCACCAAGAAAUAAUUGCCAAUACAAAAAGUUUCAAACAUUAAAGAAAAAAAUACACAGAAAGUCAUGUCAAAAAUGCAUUUACCAAUGAAUUUUUUUUAUUCAAUUAAAUGUUUUAUAAGAAUAAAUAUAAGUAUUUUCGAUUUGCGGUGAUAUAAUUAACAUUAAUUAAACUGAUAUUAUGUAAAUUCAAAUGUAUAGUUCAAUAUAAUAUUUUCUGAAAAAGCAGAAUUGGUAAUUUCAAAACUUUUGCAAUUGCUUUACAAUUAUACAUUCCAAAAUAUUAUAUUAAACAUAAAGUUUUUUUAAAGUUCAUAGUUACUGAUAUUUUUAAUAAACAUUUUAAUAGCGUAACAUUUCUUUCAUCCUAAUUUCUUUUUUGACUGACGAAAAUUUUUUAAUGAAAUUAGUGAGGUAGAUAAUUUAAUAACAAAAAUUACGUAAAAGCUUGUAUUGAAUUUGAUUUAAUAUUGAUUAAUUUGAUUAAUGUUGAUACAUUAAGCCUGUUAAUAUUUAAUUCUGUGAUUACCAUUGAAAAUACUAAGUAAAUAAUGUAAACAAACGCU